AUGCCAGAGUAUUGUGCAGCAUAUUCCUGUUCGAAUUUGCGGACCGUUGAAAACAGGGCACGUGGGAUUACUUUUCACAAGUUUCCCAAAGACAGAGACUUGAGGAAGAAAUGGGAAGUGGCUUUGAGGAGGGAAGGAUUCACUGCCAGUGUUUUCUCUGUGCUUUGUAGUGAGCAUUUUAAGCCAGGAGAUUUUGAUAGGACAGGCCAGAUUGUCCGACUCAGAGAUGGUGUUAUUCCAUCCAUUUUCUUAUUUCCAGUUCAUCUCCAAAAACUGGAAAAGCUUAGGACAACAAAUACGUCCAGAAGAGCUGACGAGAACGUGUCUGUGGCCUUUCAGGAUGAGCCAACAACUGACACCUCUCAACCACAACCUCAGCCUGAUGAGGAUCACAGUUACGCUCUGCCUGCUUCUCCCACUGCUCUUACGAGAAGACUUGAGGAAACUCAAGCAAGGGUGGAAAGCCUGGCGAGAGACAAAAAGAACGCCGUGGCCAGAGAAAAGAGGGCAAAUAGGGCAGUAAAGUCUCUUUUGGAGGAUUUGAGGGAAAAGAACCUCAUUAAUGAAGAGCUCAAAGAGAGGCUUGAAUUUUACUCAGACCUUCAGCUCGACUUUAUGGCAAAGCAGGGCAUGACAUGA